AUAAAUAAAAUAAUAUAAAAAAAUAUGUCAUUUGAGAAUGAGUUUUCAAAACUUAAUACCGACAAAAAGGAAUCAAGAGACAUAUUAGAAGCUAUACCAGAGCGUACCAGCAAACCUAAAGAAACUUGGGGUAAUGGCAUAGAGUUUCUAUUCUCAUGUAUAUCACUCUCAGUGGGCUUGGGAAAUAUAUGGCGUUUUCCUUAUAUUGCUUUUCAAAAUGGCGGUGGUGCUUUUGUUAUACCUUAUCUGAUCGUUUUAUUCAUAAUCGGUCGACCAGUUUAUUAUUUGGAAAUAAUUCUAGGACAAUUUUCUGGGCGUGGAUGCAUUAAAGCUUUUGAUCUAGCACCAAUAUUAAAAGGAGUGACCGCAGGUCAGGUACUUGCCACAACUGCCUCCAUAACAUAUUACUCUAGUAUUAUGGCGCUUACUUUGCGCUUUCUAAUUGCAUCUUUUUCCAAAGUACUACCGUGGAGUUUUUGUCGUUCUGAAUGGGGUGAUAUAUGUUUAGAUGAAGGUGAUUACAAUAUCAGCACCGAAUACAUUAAUGGAAGUCGCAUGUCAUCAGCCGAACUCUAUUUUCAAAGAGAGAUUUUACAUGAACAAACAGAUAUCAAUAAUGGAAUCGGUUUACCAAAUUGGGAGCUAGUAGGCUGUUUAGCUGUAGCCUGGUUUAUUAUAGGGGCAGUCCUAAUACGUGGCAUAAAAAGCUCGGGUAAAGCAGCUUAUUUCCUAGGCAUUUUCCCAUAUGUGGUGCUUAUAGUAUUACUCUUUCGUGCAGUCACCCUACCGGGUGCACUUGACGGCAUAAUAUAUUUCUUUAAACCACAGUGGAAGGAGCUACUAAAUCCAUUGGUUUGGUAUGCUGCAGUGACGCAAGUAUUCUUCUCUUUAGCCAUCUGUUUUGGUACACUUAUUACCUACGCUUCCUACAAUGACUUCAAGAGAAAUGUAUAUAAUGACAUUGUUAUUAUCACUACUAUGGACUCGUGUUCUUCGAUUAUAGCAGGCUGCAUCACUUUCGGUAUUUUGGGUAAUUUGGCUUUUAAAACGGGUGCCAAGGAUAUUGCUCAUGUUGUUAAAGGCGGCGCUGGUUUGGCUUUUAUAUCUUAUCCGGAUGCUAUAGCAAAAUUUGACUUUGCACCACAGGCAUUCGCGGUUCUUUUCUUCUUGAUGUUAUUCGUUUUAGGCAUCGGAAGUACUGUCGGCAUGGGUUCGUGUAUUAUACGCGUAAUACGGGAUCAGUUCAAAAGAACAACAAAUUGGAAACUGUCUUUAAGUUUAGCAGUGCUAGGGUUUACAGUGAGCAUAGUUUACAUGACUCCUGGUGGACAGUUUGUUUUGAAUUUAAUAGAUUUUUAUGGUGUUUCCUUCACGGCACUCGUCUUAGCUAUUGGUGAACUAGUAGCAGUUAGUUGGGUUUAUGGAGUAAAACGUUUUUGUCAAGACAUACAUUUUAUGAUUGGCAUAAAAACUAGUAAAUAUUGGCGCAUAUGUUGGAGUUUAAUCACACCUGGUUUGAUGUUGGCUGUUUUGAUAUAUACAUUGAUUGAUAUGAAACCACUCACCUAUAAAAAUGUAGAUUACCCAGUUAUAGCUCAUGUAUUUGGUUGGUGUUUAGCAGCUGUAGGUCUGCUACAAAUACCAGGUUGGGCUUUAUACGCCAUAUUAAAGCAAAAGGGAAAGAAAAACAUUUUUAAGAAAAUUGUUGCCAUUAGCCAGCCUGCUAGACAUUGGGGUCCUUUAGAUGAAAAUGUCUUAGAAGAAUAUGCAGUUUAUCGUCAACAAGUUGAUCUCGAAAGUAAAGCACUUAAGUCCAGUAUGAAAAAGGCUAUCAACAAUAUAUUUGGUUAAGACAAAAAGAAUAGAAUAAAAUCUAAAAAAUUAAAAUAUUAAAUUUUUUAUUAGUUCUUAA